AUGUCGUGGCGAAGAAGAGAGGUUCGGGCGUCGGGCUUGGAUGAUGAGGUGGAGCCCAACCUGCCAAUUGAUGAGAUCCAAAAAACUCUGGAGACGCAGAGGCUGGCUGACAAGCCCAGGCUGUUGCAGCAGCAAUCAGGCCUCAGCAGCCUGAGAAAGCGCAAGCUGCCGCCUCUCCCUGAGUCCGCUGCAGCUCGCAGCGGCGCGUUGGGUAGCGGCCAGAGCUCCCAGCCCGCGCGGGCGCCCACUGCCCUGUCCUUCAGUGAGCCAACCCUGGAAGCAGGGGCACCCGCACCGACUGUCGCGCCUGGCCCUUUGGGCGUCGCCGGCGGCGGCGUCGGCAGCACCCCGGCCUUCGACGUGCUGUCCGCCACCCAGCACUUUAAGCCAAAGUUUGACCCCCGCACGCGCGCCGUGCGCCGCGGCCCCGACGGCAAGCCGCUUUCAGAGGAGGCGGCUCGGGCUGCCGAGGAGGAGGAGCGCCGGCAGGAGGCGGCGGAGGACGAGGAGCGGCGGGCAGCGCGGGAGCAAGAGGAUGAGGAGGACGUGCCUGAUGUUGGCCUUGGGGAUGCAGAUGACCUGUGGGGUGCGGAUUACGGAGUCAUGGCGGACGGCGGCCCGCAACAGCAGCAGCAGAGAAAGCAGCGGAAGCGGCAGCAGCACCAGAAGCAGCCCGUCAGGCGGCGCAAGGAGGAGGAGUGCGUCGGCGCCUUGGAGGGCGAUGAGGACGGCGGCGCAGCAGAGUGCGGCGGCGAUGGUGCUGGCGCAGGGGGUGACGGCGGCGUGGCGCGCGCGAGGAAACGGUCGAGGCGCGGCGGCGCCAGCAGCAGUGGGAGUGGCCGGGGAGCAGGGGCGGUCGAGGAUGAGGCGGGUGCAGGGGUCCGGAAGCCCGUGGCGCUGCUGGGUGCGCGCGAGCUGGGGCCCGAGGUGCCUCUGGAGCUGACUUUCCCCUGCGGGCGCACCUUUAAGGUCCCGGGGGCCAUCAACAAGUUUUUGCGGCCCUACCAACGAGACGGGAUCCGGUUCCUGCUGCGCUGCUACUGCGCUCGCCACGGGGGCAUCCUCGCAGACGACAUGGGGCUCGGCAAGACGGUGCAGGCCAUCUCUUUCUGUGCAGCGCUGCUGGGCAAGACAGGCGGCGACGACGACGCGCUGCCGCUGAUGGCGCGCCCCCAGCCGCAGCAGCGGCCGCGCGCUGGGGACGACGCGGGCGAGGAGUCGGGCGAUGAUGAGGACGAGGAGGACGAAGGGCGGCGGCAGCAGCCGUGGCCGAUCCUGGUCGUGUGCCCCAAGUCACUAGUGACAAACUGGCAGCAGGAGUUCUGCCAAUGGGGAAGCUUCCAGCUGUUCACCUACUACGGCAGAGGCAAGGAGGCCGCCUACCAAGCCGCCGCCAGCGGCCAGGCAGAGGUCUUGCUCACCACGUACGACCAGCUGCGCCUCAGCGCCUCACGGCUGGCGGCGCUGCCCAUACACGCGGUGCUGUUUGACGAGGCCCACAAGCUGUCCAACACGGCCACCAAGACCUCAAUGGCGGCGCGCGGCCUGGCCACAAAGCUACGCUUCGGCCUGUCAGGUGCCCGCACCGUGAUGCCCAACGACUUCAAGGACAUCUGGGGACUCAUGAGCCUGCUGGUGCCGGGCGCACUCAACGACUGGGCAACCUUCAACUCCCACUACGCGAUGCCGAUCAAGGUCGGGUCCUCCAAGACAGCCACAGCCUUCGAGCAGGCGCUGGGCCAUGAGCGCAAGGUGGAGCUGUCCCAGCUGCUCAAGAAGAAUUACCUGCUGCGCCGCGAUAAGAGCAUGAAGGGCAUCGUUGAGCAGCUGCCCAGGAAGGUGGACCAGAUCGUGUUCUGCCAGCUGCGGCCCUCCCAGGCGCGCGCCUAUAACCGCAUCGUCCAGAGCGCAGACGUGCAGGCGCUGCUGCGCGGCUGGGAGGUGUGCGACUGCAACGGCGCGACCGAGGCGCGCUCCCGCUGCUGCUAUGAGUUUGUGCCAGAGGACAGGGGCGGCGUCAUCUGGCCCUUCCUGCACUGCUGCGACUGCGACGACCCCAAGUGCAAGAACCACAAGCCGGAGGGCUGUGAGGCGUACUACCAGGAGCAGGGCUACAACAACACAGUCAUAAAGUGCCCCUGGUGCCUCAUCUUCCCGGUCGUCGGAAAGCUGAGGGAUGUGGCGAGCCACCUGGACCUGCUGCGGCCAAGCGCUGAGGAGGGGCAGCACCAGGAGUACAGGAAGAGACGCAGGUUUGAGUACGAGUGCGCUGUGGCCAAGCUGGCGCUGGGGGAGGAGGCGGAGGAGCUGGGAGGCCUGGUGGCGGGCGGCCACAGCUGGCUGCAGCUCACAGACACGCAGCACUGCGGCAAGAUGGUGGUGCUGCUGUCGCUGCUGGCCCAGUGGCACGAGCAGAACGACAAAGGUGGGUUUGUUUCCUGA